ACCGCCGUGGUAGACGUGCUGGUCCGGUACGGCGCCGACGUCCAUGUCGCCGACUUUGAGGGCUACACGGCCCUAGACUGGGCCGCCAGUUGGGGCGAUACACCCAUCGCCACUACCCUGAUCGCCCACGGGGCGGAUGUCCAUCGGCGCUCCCCGCGGGGCUAUACGCCUCUCCUCCUUGCGGCGGGGAACGGACACGCCGGUACGGUUGAGCUCCUAAUUCAGCACGGAGCCGACGUG